AGAAGUUUCUCUAACAGGGUAUAAAAGGAGGAAUCGAGCUCAAACCGUUACUCAAACCCUGCACAAACACAGCCCAGAGAAGAACCCUGCAGUUCUGUAUCAGAAUGAAAAUCACAGACAUCAAUAUGAAAACUUUGCAAGGUCCGUGUAGCUACAUUCAGAGCCCGACAGGAUGUGGAUGACGAGCGUUCUAGCCCUGUGCCUUCUGGCCCCACUGGCCUCUGCAGACGGCAGGAAGCUGAGCAGCCACGCCACCCUGCUGGCUGACAACAGCGCCGACCUCGCCUUCAGUCUCUACCACAACAUGGCCCUGGACAAGGGCACCGGGGACAACAUCCUGGUGUCCCCCGUGGUGGUUGCCUCAUCCCUGGGGGUGCUGGCCCUGGGGGGCAAGGCAGCCACCGCCUCCCAGGUCAAGACCGUCCUGAGGGCCGACGCCCUGAAGGACGAGCACCUGCAUGCAGGCCUCUCCGAGCUGAUGUCAGAGGUGAGCGAUGCCAAGACACGAAACACCACCUGGAAAAUCAGCAACCGCCUGUACGGCCCCAGCUCCGUCAGCUUUGCCGACGCCUUUGUGAAAGACAGCAAGAAGCGCUACAACUACGACCACUCCAAGAUCAACCUGAAGGACAAGAAGAGCGCGGUGAACUCCAUCAACGAGUGGGCCGCCGCCUCCACCAACGGCAAACUGCCCGAGGUCACCAAAGACGUGCCCAACGCGGACGGAGCCAUGCUCAUCAACGCCAUGUUCUUCAAACCUCACUGGGACGAGAUGUUCCAUGAGUCGAUGGUGGACAGCCGUAGUUUCAUGGUUACGCGUUCCUUCACCGUCGGAAUUCCCAUGAUGCAUCGCACAGGUCUGUAUGACUUCCACGAGGACACGGAGAACCGGCUGUUUGCGCUGAACAUGCCCCUGGGCAAGAACCAGGCCUCCAUGAUCCUCAUCAUGCCCUAUUACCUGGAGCCCCUGGAGCGCCUGGAGAAGCUGCUGACCCGGGAGCAGGUGGACACCUGGGUCGGCAAGAUGGAGAAGAGGGCCGUGGCCGUCUCCAUGCCUAAAGUCAGCAUGGAAGUCAGCCACAACCUGCAGAAACAUCUCGCAACUCUGGGGCUGACCGAGGCGGUGGACAAGGCCAAAGCGGACCUGUCUAACAUCACGGGCAAGAAGAACCUGUACCUGUCCAACGUGUUCCAUGCGUCGGCGCUGGAGCUGGACACGCUGGGGAACCCCUUCGACACCAGCAUCUUCGGCAGCGAGAAGCUGAGGAACCCGCGGCUGUUCUACGUGGACCACCCCUUCAUCUUCCUGGUUAAGGACAACAAGAGCGGCGCCAUCAUGUACAUCGGCCGCAUGGUGAAGCCCAACGGGGACAAGAUGCGGGACGAGCUAUAAUCCACGCCUGGAGGGCUUUGUGCGAUUUUUUUGGCAUCUGUGGUCUGCGGUGUUUAUUUUGUAGGUCUAAUCCUGGCAGGCAGGUUUUUGCUGUUACCUCAAGAGCACAUUCCAGUGGUACCCCAAUCCAAACACUACCCCCAGGGAACCGUGUGCGUGUGUGUUGUAGGAUGAAUGAACCGUACCUACUGGUUACUCUUUCAUAUGUGCUAGGUCUACGUUUCAACAACAUUGUGUCACCCUCCAGGUUCUGAUCUGAAACUUGCACCUACCAAUGGCAAUUGGCAUGACAGACAGCGUGCUUAUAUUAAGUGUGAUCGCUCUAUACUUACAACACCAUUGUUUCCUCCAUACACCCUGGUAUUGAACAGUACUGGUUAGGCUGUGAUCUCAGUUUUUCUUGGAUUAUCUUUAACGUUUAAAGGAAAAAGGGAUAUGCACAUAAGCAAAUAUCCUAGAAAGAGAAUCCUCUGUUAAUCUGUGAUCUGCACUGAAUUGCUCCUUUGCAGUAGUUGUGCAUGCAAUUGAGCCGUGUUUAAACUAUGCAAACAUGCCAACCAUACUGUUAUGUAUUAUCUAUUAGUAAGAUUAUUAUUAGGCUACUCAAUGUGCCCUCCCAAACCUGUUGGAUGAUUUGAUAAUUUGUUAAGUAUCUUUUUCACCGUUGUCAUUUUUACAAUAAAAAAAUACAACAAAAUGUAG